ACGUGCCCCCGCGGCCGCGACCGCGCCCCCUCCGCCCUCCCGCCUGUUUUAACCCCCGGGAGACGCCGUAGCUCUGGCUUCGCGGGGCGGGCGGUGUGGGCGGAAGUGACGCCGGGGCAGCCGCGGGAUUCAAACUCGUUUCGGUGGCGAUGAGCGUCUGGGCGGGCCGCGAGCUGCUGGCGGGCCGCUGGCGCCGCGGGCACGGCGACGGCCCCGGCCCCGGGAGGGGCGAGCGGGACGGUGCGGCGCCGAGGAAGCCCCCGGAGGAGGCGGUCGCCGCGCGGGGCCCGCUGGCAGCCCCGGAGAGAAGCAGCCUGCUGCAGAAAAUAUUUUCUCUUGAAAAAGAAAAACAAAAGCACAACCAUCUUCUUGGAGAGAAGGACAAAGAAAUUCAAAAUCUGAAAGAUAAGCUUAAGUCCAAGAACAAGAACAGUGAAGUCUCCUCAUUACAAAGUCAACUAGAAGAAAAAAAAAAGGAAGCAGAAAGGAGAGAACAGUUACUUAGUUCUCUAUUAGAAGAAAUGAACCGGUUAAAGUGUAGUUUAUCCACUGUUACUGCAAAAUGUUCUGAGCUUGAAAACAAAGCCAGUAAUUCUCAGGCAUCCCAGGAAGCUGUAACAAACAGCACUGGAUCAUCAACUAAUCUUAGUGAAGUAGAGAAACAACUGAAAGAUGCUCUUGAGAAGAACCAACAAUGGCUACUGUAUGACCAGCAGCGUGAAGCAUAUGUCAGGGGACUGCUUGGAAGGAUCUUUGAACUUGAACAGAGGUCAGAAAUAGUUAGCCAGCAACAACCAAAAGAAUCUAAUACAGAAGGUCAUUUACCAGAAGAAAAGCAAAAAUAUUAUGACCAGCUGUUAUUAACUGCUAAAAGUGAUCUUGAGACUGAAAGACGCACUAUAACCCAGUUGAGAUGUGAACUUCAUGAAUUCAAAAAUAAGUAUGAAGAAACACAACGAGAAAUAAUGAAUUUAAAUGACUUACUGCAGUCCCAACACGCUGUUGAAAUGAAAGCUCUAGAAAAUGAAAACAAAAUAAAAGGAGAAAAAGUGCAGAGGCUAAAACAAGAAAAUGAAAGUAUUAAAGUACAGCUAAGAGAAGAAAAGGAGAAGUGUGAAGAACUGUUAUCUCAGGUACAACUUCUUCGUAAAUCAUUGCUCAAACAGCAGGAGGAACACACUAGGAUAGCUUUGUUGGAACAACAGAUCCAGAUAUGUACUACAGACUUUGAGAAUGAAAAGCUAGACCGCCAGAACUUGCAGCAUCAGUUAAACCAAGUCCUCAAAGAACUGCGCAAGGCCAGGGAGCAAAUAACCCGGCUGGAACCUUUGAAACUCCAAGAAUCUGGAUGUGUGGAACCACAAGCAGACUUGCAAGCUGCUUUUGAAGAUAAGAUGACAGUGUAUGACAGAAGUCCUCCUCAGAAACAUUCAAGUCUACUUGAUGAAAGUUUUCUCGAGUGUCCCAGAUGUAAAGUGCAAUAUCCAACAAGCCAGCAUAGAGAAUUACUAGUGCAUAUUGACUUUUGUACAGCUUAAGAUCCAAAUGAACUUCCUGUAUUUGCUCUUUACAUGCCACCGGUAUACUAUCCUGCAAAGGCAAAAGAUUUUUGUAAAGCUCUUCUUUCAAGGUUGUAUAAAGGACUACUAGCAUUUCAAUUCAAAAAAAUCAGUAAUUUAUUUGGCCUCAUAUUUUACCUGACAUUUGUGGAAACAGCUACAGCUUUCCUUGUUUCAGGUGGACAUAUUCAUAGAAUUAGGAAUAUUUUCAAAUAAUAAACUACUGACAUAUUUUAUUGCACUUUUAAAAAUAAGUAAAAUACAGCUAUUGUGUCAGACAUUAAUACUUGGCGUAUCCAGUUCUUGGCUGAUGGAUCCUGACUGCUUGUAGCAAAAAAGACUUGGCUAUAGUAUGUGCACUACACACACAUAUGUAAUGUGUCACAUCUACAUAUACAAACUCAGGAAAGUCUGUUAACAUGUCUUUGCUACUUUAGAUUUAUUUUGAAAGCAUUCUAAGUAGCAUUUUUCUGAACCGCAGUUGGGGUGACCUGGAGCUCAUACAAAACUGUUGACCAUGUGCAAGGUCUUCUUAUCAUUCAUCCUUGGGUAAGCAACUUCUUAGCAACUGUGAAUGUGAUUGGUACUGGAAAAACCUUCCAUUUCAGAUGCUGUCAGAAACCAGUUUGGAAAUUUUAGUAUCCAAUUAAGCUGAAGUGAACUUCAGUUUGCACUUCCGUAUUUUACUGGUUCAAGUAGGAAAAUGUCAGUUACUAAAUUUGUUUUAGGUCUUCCAUUUUAAAAAUGCAGGUUUGAAUAAAGUACUCCAGUGAAUUUGGAGUGUUGCUAUUUCAUACCAGCACAAAAAAUGCCUGUUAGUGUUCAAGAGGUAGUUUAGGUAAUGCCGUGAUCAGUACGCUUUAAAUUUUGGUUAGUCUUGAAGCAGGCAGUUGGACUAGAUGAUCUUUGAAGGUCCAUUCUAACUGAACUACUCUCUUCCAAAACAAGCUGGCAAUAACUUUUUGCAGUUAGUCAGCUUUUGUCAGUUUCUAAUUGUUUAUUGAUUUGCAAUCACAUCGCUUUCUUUUAGCAUAUAUUGUAAAUCCUGGGUCUGUUGCUAGCACUUUCUUCCUUUAGUAAAGUUCAACUAUUCCUUUCAUGGGAAUGAUAAAAGUAAGGAAAUCUUAAGGCACACUAGCUAAAGCAUUUGCUGCUUUAACAAUUUUAUGGCUUGCUGAGGCCAGGAAAUUACCUACACACAGCCAGACUCCAAGGUGUAACUUUCUCUGGUAUACUGAAUUGAAUGGCUACCUGGUGUCAGUUUUUUUCUAUUACAAUUUACUGUAAAAUUUUGUGCCUCAAACCCAUAACAUUCUCUCUACUCUUUAAUGGUUGAAUCUUUUACAUAUAAGUGUGUUUUCCAAGUUUUUUUUCCCCAAUUACUAUUAUGAUAUUUACUUAUGUUGUUGAUAAAGCCAGUGUUUGAGACAGAGAUUGUAUUGUCACUUUUCAAUUUUAGUGACUGUCUCAGGCUAAUCUUUGUCUUUGACAAUUUGGCCAGAAAACCUGCUGCUGCUAUUUAGGGAAGAUGUGAUGAACUAACAAGUGAAGUACCUCAUGCUUUGGAAUCAUAAGGUUUUGCUAUGAUGGAAAUUCCCUUAAUUUCAUGUUCUCCUAAAUACCUUUUAAAUGCAGGAUAAUAAUGGCACUUUUCAUUCCGGCCUUUGACUUUAAUCUCUUAUUAAACUACUUUUGGAAGUUUAAGUUGUCUUUUAGCAGUACAUUAAUCAGCUAGUAUUCUAUUCUCAGUUGUAUACUCAGCAUGGUUUCUGCAAGGAGAAAUUCUGAUCUUUUAUGUAUUAUAGAUGAAAUAAGUUUGCCUGCCACAGGUCAGCAGUCUUCUCUGAAGUAAUUCUGAGGCUUUUUUAAAUUAGCCUAAAACACUUGCUCAUUAGAAGCUGGUACUAUAGAGGAGGAUUGAAAAGCAGCAGCUCAUUAGGUGGUCAGUUAUUUAAUAUUAGAGUGAGUACAUUCAGAUGAAGUUGAUAAAUUAAUAUCCUUUAAAAUAUUUUGUUUAUUCUGACAUCUCUUCUGAACUCUCACAACAUGUUUAGAUGUAACUAAGCACAAAAAAUGUAUUGAUAAAAUUAUGCACCAUCAAUGUUGUGUAUGUUAAAAACUAGUAAAAUGACAGUCUCCAGUGUCAAAAGUCCUACUUUGAAGGCACAACAACAACUAUGUAAUCACUUACGGGAUUACAACCAACUACAGAAUGGUAGUCAGACUCUUUCAUAAAGCAUGUAGGUGAUAGCACUGCCUCUUUUUUUUUUUUUUGACCCUGUUCUUUUUUCUUACAUUCAGUUAAUCAAGGUAUGUUGAACCAUUCUACUACCUCCUCAUUAUUUAAGUGCUUGUGCAACUUCAUUUCUUACUCUUGUUUUUGAUAAAAAUAAAAAAAAAAAAUCUUUCA